AUGGGUUCCAUCGAUAAUAAUAAGCGUAGUUUUAUUCAUAAUAGUCAAGAAAGAAACCAUUAUCAGUCAGAAAUUGAUCCUAAUGAUCGCAUUUCUGUUGAACUAUGGAAUAAAUUAAAUGAAGAAGAUAUAAAAAAUAUUCCUAUAAUUGAUGAUUAUUCUAAUGAACAUACUGCUACACAAUGGUUAACAUGGUCUGCUCGUAUUGCGCAGCGUUAUAAUCAAAUAGAUAAAGCACUGAUUAAUCAAACUCUAAUUCGAGCAUCAUUUACUAAAUUAUCUUUAACAGCAGCAAAAAAAUUCAAUGAAUAUAUGAAAUAUUCUCAAAAUGAAGAUUUAAAACGUAUAUUUGGUCGUUUAGCAUUAGGUACAAUUAAUAAUAAUGAAGAUGAUUUAAAAAAAACUUCUCAAUUACAAGCAGAAUUUGAAGAUAUUUAUGCAACAACUAAAGUUUGUGAAUCAAAUGAUCCUGAAAAAUGCUAUACACUUUCGCCGUACUUAGAACGAUCAAUGCAAAUUGAAAAAGAUUAUGGUCGUUUAAUAUGGACAUGGAAAGGUUGGCAUGAUAGUUGUGGAAAUAAAGAACCAUGGAUUGCAGAGUAUGAGAUGGGUGAUACUGAAGAAUUUGAAGAAAUUAUUAACCAACUUUUAAAUGAUACUAUGCCAUUAUAUGAACAAUUACAUGCUUAUGUUCGAGGUCGUUUAUGUUCAAUAUAUCCAAAUCGUUUUAAUUGUCAUGGACCUAUUCCAGCUCAUAUUCUCGGUAAUAUGUGGGCUCAACAAUGGAAUGAUCGUUUCGAUGAUUUAACGCCUUAUUCUGAUGCUCCACUUGUUAAUAUUACAGGAGCAUUAAUUGAAAGAGGAUAUACUGUUCAUCGAAUGUUUACAACAGCUGAAUCAUUCUUGACAUCAAUUGAUCUUUAUCCAAUGACAUCAAAAUUUUGGACUCGUAGUUUAUUUGAAAAACCUACCGAUUGUGAUGUUGUUUGUCACGCAUCUGCACAUUUUAUGCAAUAUCAAGAUGAUUUUCGUGUUAAAAUGUGUACUGAAGUCAAUGAUGAUCAUUUUGAUACAGUUCAUCAUGAGUUAGGACAUAUAGAGUAUUUUAUGGCUUAUGAUAGAAAUCAACCCUAUGUUUAUCAAGAAGGAGCUAAUGCAAGUUUUCAUGAAGCUAUUGGAGAUACAAUUGGUAUCUUUGCAAUAUCACCAACACAUUUAAUAACGUUGGGUUUUCUUGACGAAAAUGUUGUCAAUUCACAUUAUGAAAUUAAUUAUCUUUUACGUUUAGCAUUACAAAAAGUUGCUUUUCUAUCGUUUGCUUAUGUUAUGGAUAAAUAUCGAUUUUUACUUUUUCGUGACGAAAUCAAUCAUGAAAAUGAUGAAUUGAAUUCAAUAUGGUGGACAAUGCGAAUGAAACAUGGUGGUAUUAUGCCGCCUGUACCUCGAAACGAUAAAGAAAAUUUUGAUGCCGGUGCCAAAUAUCAUAUACCAUCGAAUGUUCCCUAUCUAAGAUAUUUUAUUGCUCAUANUGGAACAUUCGUUAUUUACAUUUUACAGCUUUUUGUAUAUCUUUAG